UCCGUCUCGUCUCUCACUCCUCUCACGGAAAAAAAAGGUUCAACCUUUUCGAUCCACACACACACAGAUCAAAUUCAAAGAUGAGACAUCAACAAUUGCGAUUGAUGCUUCUCAGACUCCACCGUGUGUCCUCUUCUUCUCACUUUCAUCUAACCUCCAUUUCAACCCGACCCAUCUCUUCCUUCAUCCACACACGCCGAUCUCCGCAACAAAGUCACGAUCUUUCUCUCUCAAGAUCCCAAAUCACGACCCCCCCUGCAUUCACUCGAACCUUCUCGUCAGAGGUCAAAGAGAAGUCUGCUUCCGAAGCCACCGUGAUUGAUAUAUUCACCAGAUUAGCCUCCGAAGACGAGAUCAAGAAAGAGAUGGAGUCAAAGGAGAUCGUGCUUACACAAGAUUUGGCUUUGAAGGUGUUGAGAAAGCUCGAAUCAAACCCUAAUGUUGCUAAAAGGUUUUUCAAUUGGGUCAAAGAGGGAGAAGUUAGCUCGAAAAGCUAUAACAUGAUGCUUCGUAUUCUCGGUGGGAAUGGGCUUAUCGAUGAGUUUUGGGGGUUGGUUAGGGAUAUGAAGAGGAAAGGUCAUGGCUUGUCUGCUAACGUUAGAGAUAAAGUGGGUGAGAAGUUUCAGAAAGAUGGGCUUUUGAGUGAUUACAUUAAGUUGAGAAAGCUUUUUCCUUUAGAUCCGUUGGAUGAUGAUUCUCCCGAGAGUGUUUGCGUUAGGGUGUGUAAGGUUGUGGAGAAGGGAGAGUGGAGUGAUGAAGUUGAGAAAGAGAUUAGAGAUUUGAACGUUGAGUUUGGGAGUGAUUUGGUUAAGAUGAUUGUGGAGAGUCUUGAUGAGGAGCCUACGAAGGCUUUGUUGUUUUUCCGGUGGGUUGAUGAGUCUGGUCUCUUUAAGCAUGAUGAGAAGAGUUAUAACGCUGUGGCUAGGGUUUUGGGGAGAGAGAAGUUUUUAGAUAGGUUUCAGAAUAUCAUCGGGGAGAUGAGGAGUGGUGGUUACGAAGUGGAGAUAGAGACUUAUGCUACGGUUUCAACGAGGUUUUGUCAGAGUAAGUUGAUUGAGGAAGCUGUUGACUUGUUUGAGACUGCAAUGGCGGGUAGUGAUAGUAACAAACCCACCUCUCACUGCUUCACUUUGUUGCUUAAGAAGAUUGUUACUGCCAAGGUUCUGGACAUGGAGUUGUUUUCAAGAGCUGUGGAGGCUUUUACUGUGAAUGAUAGGGAAUUGACUGAUGAUAUGAUGAAAUCUGUGUUAAAGUCCUUAACAAGCGUGGAUAGGGUUGCUCAGAGCAAUGAGGUGUUGAAAGCAAUGAAGAAAGGAGGAUAUCUCCCAAGUAGUGAUCUGCAGAGCAUGAUUGCAUCAAAGCUUAGUCAUAAGGGAAAGAAAGACGAAGCCGAUGAACUUAUAGACUUUUUGGAAGCAUCAGGAACUAACCUAGAUGGUAAGGCAAUGGCUUCUCUUGUUGUAGGGUACUGUGACUCCGGAGAUCUUAAGGAAGCUUUAGUGAGUUUCGAGAAAAUGGUUGGAAAGGAAGGAGUAUCAUAUGCUGAUCAGGCAUUUGAGAAGUUGGUUCAUGCUUACUGCAACAACAAUCAGGCAAGAGAUGCAUACAAGCUUUUGUGUGCAAAAGUAAAGCAGAAUCAGCUGAAACCACUUCAUACCACGUACAAGUUUUUGGUCAGUAAUCUGCUGACGAAGAAGGUUGCUAGUGAGGGUGGGUUUGAAGAAGCUUUGAGUCUUCUACCAAUGAUGAAAGAUCAUGGAUUCCCUCCUUUCGUUGACCCUUUCAUGAAUUACUUUUCAAAAACUGGAACAAGCUCCGAAGCUUACAGUUUCCUAAAGGCUAUAACCUCAUACCAUUUUCCAUCUAUCUCAGUGGUGAUGCGUGUAUUCGAAACAAUGAUGAAGUCUGCAAGGCACAGUGAAGCACAGGAUCUACUCUCUCUCUGCCCAGACUAUAUCCGUAACGAUCCAGAUGUUCUAGAACUCUUCUACUCCAUGAAACUUGAUGAAUCUGCUGUAGAGAAUCCCUUGGCUGCUGCUUCUUAGCUCCAGUUUUAGUUUACAUUCCUUCAUGUCCUUUUUUUGUUUCUUGUCAUUUGAUUGGCCAGAGAACUUCCUACUGUUCCUUUUUGUUUACAUGUAUCACACCUUACACCAGUUUAGUGUCUUCAUCAAACCUGGUGCACUGGCAAAAAUAAUUUCAAGAUACUCUGGUUCUUUUAUUUUUCAAAUUUGUAUUGUCUACUUCUUGGUUCUCCUAUGGAUGCCCAUGAUUUGUUUGAUCAUUAGUAACAAUAUCUGUCAGUGAUUCUAUUUUCAUUUUUAAGUUGUUUUCACUAUGCCAGUGUAUUGC